CCCAUGCGGCUCGAUCCGUUCGGACUCACCACGGGACCACCCACGUCGAGGAGGAGGAGGUGGAACGAGAAGAAGAAGAAGAAGAAGAAGACGUUCGUCGAGGGCGCACGGUUCGUUCGCGAUAACGAGGAAGCCACUGCCUUUCGCGUCCCUCGCAAUUCCGCUUCGCGCGGCGUGGUGCGCGCGCGCACGCGCGAUCGCCACGAGGAUCACGAGGUGGACGAGAAUGAUUACGUCGGCGUCGGCGUCCGGGCCCCGAGUUGUUCCGCUCGAAGAGCCAGAGGAAGGCCACGGGAGGACGUGCUUGCUUACACUGCCUAUAUCGAUGACAGAGACGACGACGACGACGACGACGACGACGACGACGACGGCGACGCGCGUGUUAGUGUUCCGGGUAACGAACAAGGACCCAGAGACGCGAGAGAGGACUACGCGAAGGUGGAUGCGAUUAAUCGUGGUGUGCCUAAGUGUGCAUCCUCGUUGGAUCGUCGUUACGGUUACGCGCACCCGACAGUGGACGGGCACGAACGAGGAAAGGGAAGAGGAUGUAGCGAUAACACUGCCUGGUUCCAAAAGCCAAUUACUAGGAGGAGGAGAGACGCCGAGAGAAGAAUAGGGGAGAAGCCGCGUACGCGCGCGAGUUAUUACAAGUUGCUGCUAUUUAUGCUAUACCUUCUGACGUGGCCCCUGCUGUGCUCGACCAGUCCCUCGGGUCACUUUACCUCGACCUUCACGCAGAAUCCGACCCUCGCGCGCAACAAGAACCUCGCGCAGCGAGGGCACGCCUCGCCGCUGGAGACAUCGUAUUUGUCGUCGUCGUCGUCGUCGUCGUCGUCGUCGUCGUCGACGGUGAUCGUGCAACAUCAGCAUCAGCAACGGUACGUUCAGGGUGGCGAUUACAAAACCGAUAGCGAGCGUCAUCGUCAUCGCCAACAGCAGCAGCAGCAGCAGCAGCAGGAGCAAGUGCGACAAUUACAACGGAAACAAAAGCGAGAGCAACAGUCGCAACAGAUUUCUGAGAAGUUAGUCUACACCUGGGAGUUGAACCAGUUGAAUCCUUGGCUGUCGGCCUGCGACUUGGCGGGACCAGCGCCGGCCGAUCUUCAGGGUAGCUGCGGUCCACCGGAAGUGCCCAAGUACUGUCCCAUGCUGUGUUCGGACGAGACGACGACGACGACGACGACGACGACGACGACGACGACGACGACGACGAAAACAAGGGUCGGCGAGGAGAAGAAGGAGGAGGGCGUACGGACUGCCCGGGAACAGUGCCUUUUUUAUCUCGAGGAGUCGCACAAGGGGAAGAUCUGUGACGAUCCAAAAUUGUCCCUCGAGAAACGAUAUCUGGACUUGAAGAAGCUGCGUCUGCGGCACUGCUGCGAACAAGCGGUGUUCAACGCCCUGGCACCGGGCGAGAACGGCCCGCUCAUGGACGUGCUGAACGGCAGCGAGAAGUGCGCCGAUGCCCUGGACAAGCUGUUGAUCGUCGAUCAACUGGCCGCGAGGCUGCAUUGCGAGUUCGAGGAGGUCCUGGCGCGCUACGAUUGCGCCCAGCCGUACUCCGUCAUCCACAACUGCACCGAUUGCAAGGAGGCGUAUAGGAAAUGGGUGUGCAGCUCCCUGGUGCCUUACUUUGCUCACGAGGAACCAGUGAAAACCUCGAGGGGCAGCCGGACCGGCACCAGAUUAAGGCCCUGCCGAUCCUUCUGCCAAACCGUGGAGCAACGUUGCCCCUAUUUACUUCGCGAUCGUGCCCCUGCGUACCCCACGCAAUACGCCGGCGAACCCACUUUUCUUUGCAGAGACCCGAACAUCCCCGAAACCGGCGAGCAGGCCGCGAGGGCGUUGCACAACAUCGAUGAUAGCGAGUGCUGCUUCCACGUGUGCGCCAAGGACGAGCCAGACUCGGGUAUCUGCACCAGCUGCAAAGAGUCGUGGAAACAUGGCAGGUUAGAGGACCCCUGGACGGCUCCCCAGUGCGAAACUGCCGUCCUUCAGUCUGGUCCUACAGGUCAGUAUCCGGGCUCGGAAGCGUCCACGGAACGCGGGCUCGCCGACGACGGGCAGGAAACGAGCAGCGCGUCUUCCAGCACCCCGGCGUCAACGUCGUCGAGCAGCACCGAGCAGCAGGAGACGUUGUUCUGCGGCAGCGGCCGCAUCGGCUCGAUCCCAAGCGCGUCCUCGCCCGGCCGCUCGAGUCCGCCGAUCGUUCUCCAGCUCCUCUGGCUCUACUCGAUCUUAAUUUCUCUUCCCGCGAACGCGCUGCAAUACAACCUCCUCGCGUCCACUCUCUGGUGCCCGGUCGGCCUUUUUCGGCUGAUCGGGCUGCCGGGCGCGCACGUCCUGCGAAGGACUCUGAACGAUCUUCGCGUUUCCGCCUUCGGUUCACGCUCGGCCGGGGCGUUCUACCGGCACGCUUCUGUCGCGCGAUGCCUCCUGUUCAUCCUCUGGAUGCCCAGACGGACGGUGACCAAGUGCCGUCGUCGCGGAUGGUGGUGGUGGAGGUCCUGGAGGAGAUCCAGCAGCCGGCACUUUCGCUGGAAACUUGCCCGUCGCGACGGCGUCGCGUCCUGGCGAUCCAUCCUUCUCUUCGUGCUGUUCCUCAGGUUCGCGGCCAAGUGUCGGUGCUGCUUGCUGGGACGGGACAUCCCGGGAUCGUUUCUCCUCGUCCGGGAGCAACGUCGUCGAGGACGUCGGCGAGGAAGAGCGCCCAGCGGAGUUCUCGCCAGGACGACAUCCAGGAAGGACCCGCCAUAGGGACGGGCCAGCUUUACUUUCCUGGAUCACGCAGGAUCGUACGGGUUUUUUUCUAUUCUUCGGGAUCUCUGCCCUUCGCGGAGCAUGCCCUUCCCCGGUACUCCGAGAGAGAAGUACACAGGGUUCGAUCGAAGCGAGACUCGAUCGAGGACGGACCGAUAUAUGUAAAAAGAAGACAAUUAAUAAAACGGAUUACACGCCGUGUCGAGACAGAGCGCAAACGCGAGAAGACACGGAGGAUUUUAGAGAUUUAGAUGUUCUCUAAAGGAUGGUGCACGGGUAGAAAAAGAACACCAAGACCGCGCGCGAGGAUAGCCGAAGAAGAGGGUAGGAUUAAGAAGGGACGAAGCGCAGAUUCGAGCGAGAGGGAGAACAACAAAGAACAACUACAACAUCAACCACAAAAACAACAAGAACAACCGAGAACGAAGGAAACGUAACGUCUAGCGCUAAUAAUAAUGAUAAUAAUACAAUAAUAAUGAAUAAAACAAAAUAAAA